CAAGGAAGUCAAAACAAACACAGCACGGCCCCGACAAGUGUAGUCAGAGCAUGUGGACUUCUUCGUUGUUUGUGUUAGAAAGCGCAUUCAAAGGCACAUCGCUUUCUAUUAAAGCCAUAUUUAUCGACAAAAACCCCGACUGCUUUGGAUAACCCGGAAAAAGUGCCGGUCUGUAGAACAAUACUAAGAUGUCCUCUGCAGAAGUCAACUCUCCACUCCAGCUGAUGAGGAGCAUCAAAGAAGAGACAGAAGAGUUCAGCUUAACUGACUAUCCAUUCCAUAUCAACAUAAACGGAGAGAGAGAGGAAUUCCCUGCUUUUCCAGAACAACUGUGCAUAAAGGAAGAGAGAGAAGAGGUCCUUGAUUCUCCAGAACAGUUGAACCUGAAUGAAGAGACGGAGCAGUUCCCUGUUUCUCCACCUCAGCUGAGUGGCGCAAGAGAAGACUGCAAGAGAUCUGGGUAUCAACGUGGUCCCUAUCGCACUAGUGAGAGGCCGUACCCUUGUGAUCAGUGUAACAAGAGCUUUUGGAAAAAAGCAGACCUCGAGUACCACCAGCGUAUUCACACAGGGGAGAGACCAUUUUCAUGCACUGACUGUGGAAAGAGUUUCUUGCGGUCUUCUCACCUCAGCAAACAUCGUCGCAUUCACAUUAGAGAGAAGCUGGACGCUUGCGGUCAGUCUGACCAGAAUUUCAAGACAAAACAGGAGCUCCAAAUGGACCACACAGGGGAGAAGCCAUUUUCAUGCACCGACUGUGGAAAGAGUUUAUCAACUUCUUCUAGCCUCCACAGACAUCGGCGCAUUCACAUUGGAGAGAGGCCGUACCCUUGCAGCCAGUGUGACAAGAGCUUCAAGACAAAAGCGUAUCUCCAAAAACACCAGUCUGUUCACACAGGGGAGAAACCAUUUUCAUGCACAGACUGUGGAAAGAGCUUUGCACAGUCUCAAAACCUCCUCAGACAUCAGCUCAUUCACACUGGAGAGAAGCCGUAUCCUUGUAAUCAGUGUAACAAGAGUUUCUCACAGCUUUCUAACCUUAAGACACACUUGCUGUCACACAUGGGAGAUUGUUCUAUGAACUUUUCUUUUAACACUACUAAGAUGGCCUCUGCAGGAGUCAACUCUCCACUCCAGCUGAUGAGGAGCGUCAAAGAAGAGACAGAGGAGUUCAGCUUAACUGAGUCUCCAUCCCAGCUAAACGUAAAAGAAGAAGACAGAGAAGAGUUCUCUGGUUCUCCAGAACAGCAGAACGUUAAAGAAGAGAGAGAAGAGGUCCCUGGUUCUCCACCCCAGCUAAGCAGAGUAAGAGAAGACCGUGAGAGAUCUGGGCAUCAGCUCCACUGCAGCUCUGGAGAAACACAUUCUGCUGCCCCCACCAUGCCGUACGCUUGCAGCCAGUGUGGCAAGAGCUUUAAGACUAAAGCAGAGCUCCAAAUCCACCACCGUGUUCACACAGGGGAGAAACCAUUUUCAUGCACAGUCUGUGGAAAGAGUUUCUCACACAUUUCUAACCUCCACACACAUCGGCGCAUUCACACUGGAGAGAAGCCGUAUGUUUGCAGUCAGUGUGACAAGAGAUUUAAGACGAAAUAUGAGCUCCGAAGUCACCAGCGUGUUCACACAGGGGAGAAACCAUUCGCAUGCACCGACUGUGGAAGGAAAUUCUCACAGUCUUCUAACCUCCACAAACAUCGUUGCUCUCAUACCACAGAGAGGCAAUUUUCAUGCAUGGACUGUGGAAAGAGUUUCUCAAAUACUACCAGCCUUCAUAUACACCGAUGCAUUUACACUGAGGAAGGGCUGUAUGCUUGCAGCCAGUGUGACAAGAGCUUUCAGUCAAUAAAAGAGCUCCAAAUCCACCAGCCUGUUCACACGGGGGUGAAACCAUUUUCAUGCACAGACUGUGGAAAGAGUUUCUCACAUUCUUCUCACCUCGAAACACAUUGUCACAUUCUCACUGGCGAGAAUCCGUAGAGACACUUGUCAUCACACGUGGGAGUAAAGUAGUAGCAGUCACACUUAAGAGAAGCCGUAGUCUAUUAUUGCACCAGUACUUUGACACAGGGGAGAAACCCUUCUCAUGUGCUGACUGUGGAGAACGCUUUAGGAGGAAAGCAGACCUUAAUAUUCACCAGAGGCUUCACACAGGAGACAAACACGUGGGGGGAAACCCUAUGACACGAGGAAAGGUUUUAGGAGUGUUAAGAAUCAACCGAUGAGGGAAUCAGGUGGUUAAUUCUGUGGCGCCAUGUCCUCUACCAGGUUGGGGCACUUGAUUGUGUGCAUUCCAAUAUGCGACCUUGUGUCCUCCACUUGUGCUUUUGGCCUCACGUUUUGCUGAUGUCCCGCCUCUGUGGAGAAAACCAAUAUGUUUCCCUGCUGUCAGCCUAGCCAAAACAAUUUUUGGGGGACUAUUCUUCAUUCACCAUCCAGUUUGCAAAUGAGAAACUGACUUUACAAUUCAGCUUUUGCAAGAUAUUGAAAUAUAAUUUUGUUGUUAGUGAUGUCAUCAUGACAUAUUAGUUCCUGGUACGAGGCCACAAGCACAAGUGGAGGACGCAAGGUCGCAUAUUGGAACGCACCCAUGACCUUCGCCAAGGACGCAAGGCCUUUAUAUCUAAGCGCCCCUAGUGACCUGAAAUUGAAUUGCGGGAAUUCCACAAAAAGAAGGCAGAAGGACUAAAGGGUUUAACAUAGUCUAAUGUUCUAUCAAGCAGCUUCCUUGGCAGAGGUCUGCGCUCUAUGAGUGCUUCUAGUUCGUUAUCACAUCCUGACUGACGUUGACUUGCACAGGCUUGUGAUUGUAUUGUGCAUUGUUUUCUGUAAAGGGGGGGGGGGGGUAUGAACAAAUGUUUAUAUUUUUAUGCCACUGAAUAAUAUUUUCUGUUAUUCUGUUGAAGGAAUCCCGCACACUGUCCAUUCCACCAACAAACUUUUAAUACAAUGUUUCAGGUAUAGAAGAAGAAGGUUGGAUGACUGAAACGUUGUACUACUGUAAAGUCUGUUGGUGGAAUGGACAGUGUGCGGGAUUCCUUUUCACUUGAAUGACAACCCCACUUAACUGGGAUAAUAUCCUACGCACCUGCCCAACUACUGCAGAGGUGUGCAAAAUGUCCUUGUUGAACUAUUCUGUUGAAGGAAAAAACACAUAAAGUCUCUGUUUUUACUUUACAAACCAAAGUGUAGGCCAUGCCACUGUUGAAGCUUAAAAAACAAAGCUUCAUUUUAUUAAAAGUGUUAAUUCUGUUUUCUGACCAGUACCCAGUUCGAAAUAUUUCAGUUGUUUCACUGUGGACUAAUGCCGCAUUCCCCAACGGUGGGAGAUGGGAUAUUUCUGACCUCCUACUUGCUGAAAUGCUUUGGAACACCUGUUGAAGCGAAAUCGUGAUGUCAACACAGCAAUGGCAGUGCAAAGGGAUAUGACUAUGAACAGUGGGAGGUAGCUGCCUCCUGGUUGCAUAUUGGGAAGCUCCUACCGCUGGGGAAUGCGGCACAAAGUGAAUAAAUGCAAGUGAAGGAUUU